AGGUGGGAGCUGGAGACACCAGAAUCUGCUGCAAGCAGUACUAGUGAUGACUGAAUGAAGAGCUUUCAUUCUCACAUUUCUUUUUAAGUGUUUUGUUUGUUUGCUGUUCUUUACUCAGUGUUUGCAGACAUGAAGUUCUACUGCAGUUACUUCAUGCUUCUGUGCAUGAUUUCCAAUGUCAGCUGCACGACAACGAAGUACGUCACGUAUGAGGAAGACGCACCUGGGACAGAGAUUGGAAACCUUUCUCAAGACCUGAAAAUUGACCCAGCGGAGGAUCCUGAGACAUCAUUCAAGUUUAUACAGAAGACGAACUCCAUCAUUCGCAUGAGGCAAAUCGACGGGCUUUUAACAGUGGGAGAAGUCAUCGACCGAGAGCAGCUUUGUCAACGAUCUCCACAGUGUCUUAUAACUUUUGACGUCGUGGCCUUCUCCAAGGAAAAAUUCCAGCUCAUUCAUGUCGAGAUCGAGGUAAAAGACAUUAACGAUCAUUCACCUCAGUUCACACGCAACGAGACGCAUUUGGAUAUAUCAGAAAACGCACCUCUGAACUCACGAUUUCCGCUUGACGUCGCUGUGGAUCACGACGUCGGAGACAAUUACGUUCAAAGCUACCAUAUUUCACACACAAACCAUUUCGUCGUUGAAGUCAGCGCUCGUGAGGAUGGAGAAAAGUCAGCUGAACUUGUUUUGAUCAAGACGCUUGACAGAGAAACCGAAGAGUUUUAUACAAUCGAGGUGACGGCGACUGAUGGCGGGACUCCGGCGAAAUCGGGCUCGACGACCAUUUACAUCCGAGUUCUGGACUUUAACGACAACAGCCCGACGUUCGAACACAACUCGCUCAAAGUGGAACUCAGCGAAGAUUCGCCCGUCGGCUCACGUGUGCUAAAAGUGCACGCUUUCGAUCCCGACGCCGGCGUCAACGGAGAAGUCGUGUACGGGUUCAUCGAAGGCUCCCCGAGCGAAGUCACACGUGUUUUCCAGAUCGACCUCAUCACCGGAGAACUGACCCUCAAAGACUCCGUCGACUACGAGACCAAGAAGUCGUACGAGUUGCACAUCCAAGCCUCCAAUUUGGGCAACAAUUCGGUUUCUUCUACCUGUCGGGCAAUUGUCGACAUCGUCGACGUGAACGAUAAUGCACCUGAGAUUACCAUCAAACCAAUGACUUCCACCAGUGAUGGAGUGGCGUUCAUCACCGAAUCCGCAGCCAAAGAAAGUUUCGUAGCUCUCAUUAGCACCUCAGAUGCAGAUUCGGGUCCUAACAGCUACGUCCAGACCAGUUUAGAAGGACACGAGCAUUUUAAGCUGCAACAAGCCUACAGUGACACUUUUAUGAUCGUAACAACCACAACUUUGGACAGAGAAGCCAUUCCAGAAUACAACCUCACUGUGAUUUCUGAGGAUUUAGGAACUCCUCCGUUUAAAACCGUUAAACAUUAUACCAUUCGCAUCACAGACGAGAACGAUAACGCACCGAUGUUUAGCAAAGCCAUCUAUGACAUCUCAGUAAUAGAAAACAACAUUCCCGGGUCGUACAUGACUACGGUGGUUGCACGCGAUCUCGACGUUGGGAAAAACGGAAAAGUCUCCUACAGCCUAAUCGACAGCGAAACGCCAGACGGUUCGCCGAUUUCUACAUUCGUUUCCAUCGAUCCUCAUUCUGGCUCUUUGUACACGCUGCGAUCGUUCAAUUUUGAGACUCUGAAAGAAGUCGAGUUCGUGGUCAAAGCCAGCGAUAAAGGUUUCCCGUCAUUAUCAAGCACGACUUUAAUUCGAAUCUGCGUGGUGGACGAGAAUGACAACUUUCCGUAUUUCACAUAUCCAGUGUUACGAAACAAUUCCGCCGACGUCCCGAUUCCCUUUAAUGCUCAGAGCGGCUAUUUAGCGUUAAGAUUGAUGGCUCAAGAUGAAGACAGCGGCGUGAACAGCGAGCUUAGUUUCCAUAUUCUAGAAGACGAUGGCAAACUUUUUUCCAUUGAUAAAAAUAGCGGCGACAUCGUACUGAAACGAAAACUCACUGCAUCAUAUGGAGACAUCCUGCAGAUUAAAGUGUCAGUUGUUGACAAUGGAAGACAGCCUCUUUCUAGCACAGCAACCGUCCGGUUUGUGGUGACAGAUACUGGUGCUCAAGAGGACCAGGUGGUUAUUUUACUCCGAUCCAAAAAUGAAGAGACUUUAGAGUUUGAUGUGUGGACUGCAGUGAUUAUUGGUUUCGCUGGAUGCUGUGUGCUGUUGCUGACUGCGAUUAUCAUCCUCACCGUGACUUGCACCAUCAAACGAAGGCGAAGAAACUUUGGGAGAGAUGCCAUGUAUGGAUCAACCCCGCUUUCCAAGAACAGCCCUUCCGGCUCAAACAUUUACAGCGGCCCUACCUUCCUCAGACACGAAGGCGAUUCAAUGCAACCUCUGUAUGAAGAUAAAAGCCUGGAUUUUGAAGAAAAGCUGUUCCUGCCGUGCAAACCUUUUGAACAAACACUUUUAUGGCAAGAUGAAAAAUACUGUAUGCAAAGGAGUGGCAGCAGCAACACAGAUCAGCUGAGCGUGAAGGACAGUGGCAAAGGGGACAGUGAUUUCAAUGACAGCGACUCUGACAUGAGCGGAGCCGCUCUGAAAAGAGGCCUGACAACCUUCCAGCCGCUGGCCAGAGGUGCAUGCAACAGCGCAGGAGACUGGAAGAGCAAACCUCACGUUAUCCAGACCCGAAACAUGCACGUCCCUCCCGGCAGCACCUACACCGUCGGAUUCGCACCGGUUCACAACACGACCCACGUCAGUUCCCACUCCUGGAGAGAAAGCCACAGUAAAACCAACAUGUCGAACACUCAGAGACGGACGGGAACACUGCCUUCAUACUCGGCCCAUCAGACGCGGGUCGAAGAGCAAGCUGAGACUGUCAAGGAUGCGUUUCUGGUUUUAGGUUCAUCUGAAGUUGCUACUGCUUUUUAAAUAUCAAAUAAGAGUCUGAUUCGUCGAAUAUGAUAUUUUAGCUGAAACUUUCCCAGCAAUUCAGCAAUCAGUAUUUUUGAUACUGGUUUGCCGUAAUAUUAAUGGAAGUGUUUUUCCUUUCCUUUCUUUUCUUGUUUUUUUUUUUUUUUUUUAAUUCAGGAAAAUAUAUUUAAGAACAGCCUGUGUGAGUUAAACUCAUAUGUAAAUAUUUGUAUAUUUUGUAUUAUGUCUUUUCCAGUGAAAACAAACACUUUUUUGUGCUGCU